UACAAGAAGUGCACAGAGAGUGCACAGUAAAUUGAAGGUGGAAGGACAAAACAAUUUAUGUAUAUCUUUGUACUCACUUAGUAAUGCUCAAAAAAUUACGGGAUCUAAAUUUCAAUGCAUAUUUUUUUGUAAUUUUCGUACCAAAGUUACGCGUGAAGUUAGGUGUUUUGAUGACAGUUGACCGUUUGGGAAUUGACAUCAUCUUGACAUUGACAACGAAUUUUGAUUCAUAACCUCUAAUUAGAUAGUUGUCUGAAACCGAAAUUUAUAAUUUAUUUUAACAAUGUUUAAAAAGUUCGAUGAAAAAGAAAGCAUUUCUGGAGUUUUGCAGUUAAAAUCGUCUGUCCAAAAAGCCAUCAGAGCCAAACUUAUUGAAUCCUAUCCACAUCUAGAAAAUUAUAUAGACGCUAUUUUACCCAAGAAAGAUUCUCUUAGAAUAGUUAAAUGCCAUGAUCAUAUAGAAAUUGUAGUCAACUCAAGUGGAGAUUUGUUAUUUUUCCGCCAAAGGGAGAGCCAAUGGAUGCCUACAUUAAAACUUCUGCACAAGUAUCCUUUCUUUUUACCAAUGCAACAAGUUGAUAAAGGUGCCAUAAGAUUUGUUUUAAGUGGAGCAAAUAUUAUGUGUCCAGGUUUGACUUCACCUGGAGCAAAAAUGACUGAAGUUUCUAAGGAUACUAUAGUGGCUAUAAUGGCUGAAGGUAAAGAGCAUGCCUUGGCUAUUGGACGAACUUCUUUAUCCACAGAGGACAUAGCCAAAGUGAACAAAGGAGUUGGUGUGGAAAAUUGUCAUUACCUAAAUGAUGGACUCUGGCAAAUGAAACCCGUUAAAUAAGUUAUAUUUUAUUUUUCUAAAUAAAAAUAUUUAAAAUA